GCUCCUUCCUAUUGCUCGCGCUGUCUGAGGCUGCGCGCGCACUGGGAUGCAGAAGGAGUGGCGGAGCGGUGCGCGCUUGUGACUGAGGCAAGCUUCGAUUGUUAGCUACGGUAACCUACUCAACACAAUAGCUGUUUUCCCCACUGAAUACCCAGUGGUCAAGCGAAACAUAAAUGGACGUGAACCUGUGACUCACAAGUCGCACCUUCCCGAGGCAGUCAACGGAACGAAAGGCGAGACAGAGCAUUCCGAAGGGCCGGUGGGUGUUGGUCUUCAGCGGAAAAGAUGGGCACGGUGCUCUCUAUUUCUCCCACGUCCAGAAAAAGUGGGAUUCUGGAUGAGAAGACGGAUGGGGGGCACGGAGCUAGCGGCAAGACGGAGAAGAGUCUUAAGCGUCAUUCGGUUCUCAUAUCGGCACUGACGUGGAAGCGGUUAGUCGCCGCCUCGGCCAAGAAGAAGAGUGCCAAGAAAGUGAACCCGAACCCACCCGUAUCUCAGAUCAGUAACCCCGUGGACCAGCUCAACACCGAAAAUCUCAAGAAGUCUCAGUCAGGCUCCGAGCGCAAGACGAAGCCUGGACCACUCGCCGUGCCAGUUCCUACCGUCCCGGACAAAAGCCUUCGAUCCAAUCAAACCCAGAAUGCGUCCCAGAACGGAAAACAGAUCCUCUCGGUCCAAAGGCAACCAAGCAGUCGCUCGAUCAUCUCCCCGAGGCGAGUCGUCGUCCAAGCCUCCACUGGAGAGCUCCUUCGCUGCCUGAGUGAGUUCAUGUGCCGGAGGUGCUACAAACUCAAAGAGCUGAGCCCCAAUGAGAUCAUCCUGUGGUUCCGAAACGUUGACCGGUCGCUGCUCAUCCAAGGUUGGCAAGACCAGGGUUUUAUCACUCCUGCCAACUUGGUGUUCGUCUACCUGCUCUGUCGGGAAGCGGUGACCGAGGAUAUAUCCAGCGAGUAUGAGCUGCAGGCCACCUUUCUCACCUGCCUGUACCUCGCGUACUCUUACAUGGGCAACGAGAUCUCAUACCCGCUCAAGCCCUUCCUAGUGGAGAGCAACAAGGAGGUAUUCUGGGAGCGCUCCCUGCGAAUCAUUGAUAAAAUGAGUGCCAAAAUGCUGCAGAUCAACUCCGAUCCGCAUUUCUUCACCGAGGUGUUCCAGGACCUCAAAAACGAGGGUGGCUCCAAUGACACGAACGGAAGAUGGAAUAAUAACCUGGACCGCUAACUUUGGCUAGUUUGAGAAAGGAGAGAGAAGCUCUCUGAUACGUCUCCACACCCUUCCUUUAAGGGUUCAAAAUGAAUGUAAGGCCCGGCGGGUGAAAGUGUAAGAGUUUUGCACUCUUUUGCUAGUUUUUGGCCAUGGACAGGCGUUUUGCCUCACCUCCAUGAGAGGGGGUUCAUGUUAUUACGUGUGUAUAAUACAAUCAUCAUGACCCAGUGAAUGUCGUGCGCGCGAUCUGGGGUUUCGUCAUGGUUUACUUAAUGCAUGCUUAAAGUAGUCUAGUCGUAUCAUCAUUGUGGUUUUCUGAAGAAGAAGAAGAAAAAAAAACGCUAUAUCUGAUGCCGGCCUAAAGUAAGAGAUGUAAAUUAUUAGCAUGUGCGUCAGUGUCGAGGUCUUAUUUUUGUAUUAGUUUCAGGAUCGAUGUGUUCACAGACGCUGAGCUGUCCAGGGCGCUGGCCUGCAACAGACUCUCCUCUUGUCCCCUGUGGCGCUUGAUGCUAUCUGUCUGAACGUUGAAUGUACUGUUUUACAAACAAAACGAUUCUCUACAGUCAUAUAUAUGUGCCAAUUGUCAUAGCAUAAAACGUAAUGUUUUAUAUUGUAUAUUUGAAAAUACAUGACUACAAAUACACAC